AUGGCAGUCCUCAAGGACGUUCGUGGGAUCGCAGUUACCGUAUGCGUGGACAAGCAAGCUCUCCAAGAGUACGACGACCAUGAGCCUGAUUGUGUUUCUGCAGAGGCUGGAAGAUAUGGUAAAGCUACCAAAACGGUUUCCAAAUAUAUUGAAUCGACCACCGGCAAAGUUUUCUACAUCAAUCUCGAGAUAAGCAAAGCAUACAAAUUUGACUCUCCGAAUGUUUCCUUCGAGGUCUUUGUUGAUGGGAUAAGAGUUGGUUCGAAACAUGGCAGCAAGAAACACAUUCCUCUGACUAAGAGAUUCAAAGGUGUCAAAAGUGAGCUGGAUAACGGAGAAACUAUCUUGAUGCCAAUUAAGUUCAGCAAUAUAACUACAAGCACCGAUGAUUCGAAAUUAGCAUCUAUAAAAGAGGAUGCAAUCCGACUGAGUGUUGUUGGAGAGAUUGUGGUAAAAUUUUAUCGAAGAGGUAAAGGAACUCUUUCACAGAAGCAAUCGCACAAUCGUGGCACUUUCAAGCAGCUAGUUGCUGGUUCGUCAACAUCAGUGCAAGAGAAGGCGCUUAAGGGACAAGCAACGUCUCAUAGUACUACAUUAGGAGCCUCUCAGGCCAUAAAAUCAAGUGUUCUUUGGGAAAUGAACUACCCGGAUGGAUAUGGCAACCCAGUCGCUAUAUAUCGAUUCAAAUACAGGUCUAGAGAAUCACUCAAGUCUCUCUUGAUACUCGAAAGAACCCCAGAGCCCUCCCCUUCUCCUUCUCCUGUUCCAAUUUCGAAUGGUGCUUCAGGACUUUUUGAUCUUGAUAAACUUGAUGCAACCCAGAAGGCCAAGCUUCAGGAGUUUUUGGGAAACUUACUGGGAAAUAGAGCCCAGUCCAACGAGGAGAAGAAUAUUAAGCGGGAAAGAGAGGAAACUGGCAUGGAUUCUAAGGCCAAGAAACGAUCAAAGAGAGGCGAACGUAUCGAGAUUGAUUUGACGGGAGAUGGUUCGGAUUGA